ACACCGCCUACGCGAGUUAGAAUCGAAGGUUUAUGUCACGAGCUGGUGGUCUUUUCUCAGCCGCGACGACCAGCGCUGAAAGUUUCACGAUUCGUUCCAGACAGUAGUCUUUCCUGUUCACACUCAUUAAGUGAACCGAACCUUCAUUUGAUGCCGGAGUUGCUCUACGACGAUGAUCUCUCACCGCCUGCCUCUCUCAAAUCAUCGGGGGAGCACCAACGUCUAACCUUCGCGACACGCGCUUCUAAUGACUCGUCAGACUCACUGCGGAACUUGGAGCUCUCGGAGGGACCUAUGUCAGAGAGAGGGCGGCCAAGGUCUUACUCGAUGACAGGCUUUGACUUCCAGCGCGACCUAUUACCUUUGAGCGCAAGUAUGAGUGAACCGGAUACUACCUCAUUCGGGGAAACUGGAGAGAAGAAUAUCACUUUGUUACAUGGGAUUGGACUUAUCGUCGGCUCUCAAAUUGGAUCAGGAAUCUUCUCCUCACCAGGUGUUGUAGUGGCGAAUACUCAGAGCGUAGGGGCAAGCUUGGUUGUAUGGCUUGUCUCUGGGUUGCUUGGCUGGACGGGAGCCAGCAGCUUUGCAGAACUAGGCUCCAGUAUACCACUGAACGGCGGAGCACAGGCAUACCUCGCGUAUGCAUACGGACCACUUGUAUCCUACCUGUUUGCUUGGACAGCAAUCUCAGCACUGAAACCUGGUGGAAAUGCGGUCAUUAGUCUCAUUUUUGCCGAAUACCUGAACCGGCUCAUAUGGCACGCUGCCCAAGACGAGGUAGCACCAGAUGAUAUACCCCAAUGGGCCAUCAAACUCACUGCGGUGGCAGCAGUGCUCAGCGUUGUCAUAAUUUGUGCAGCUACGCGGAAUCUAGGCGCAAGGGCUGCUGUGGUGUUCACCACUGUGAAGAUCGCUGCCCUAUUAUUUGUAAUCGUACUGGGGAUGAUACAGCUUAUUCGGGGGAAAGCGUCAGAAUCGUUCUCUCGGCCACUCUUUGAGGGCUCCACCCAUAGUCCGUCGGCAUAUUCAUUAGCUCUUUACUCUGGGCUAUGGGCUUUCGAUGGAUGGGAUCAGGCCAACUAUGUUGGAGGUGAAAUGAAGAACCCCAGUAAAAAUAUCCCAAGAGCUAUUCAUUUAAGUAUGGUGCUUGCGAUGAUACUUUUCUUACUUGCGAAUGUGUCAUAUUUCGUGGUGCUAGACAAAGCCACUGUUGGUCUGAGCAACACAGUUGCCUUGGACUUCGGUCGAGCCAUCUUUGGGCCAGCAGGUGGUGUGGUUUUUGCUGUGAUGGUUUGCAUCUCUUGCUUCGGAGCGUUGAAUGGGAGCACCUUCACUUCUGCGCGCCUCAUCUGCGUUGCCGGACGAGAGGGAUACCUUCCGGCAAUGUUUGGUCGGGUGAACAAGUCGAGGCAAACACCAGUUAAUGCGAUCCUCCUUCAAGCGGCCAUCACUAUUGUGUUUAUCAUGUUUGGAGGUGGCUUUCGUUCGCUUAUCAACUUCUCCGUUGUGGCGUCUUGGUCAUUUUUCUUCCUUACUGUUCUGGGCCUUGUUAUACUUCGUGUAAAGGAACCAAUGCUGGAAAGACCUUAUAAAACAUGGAUUGUGACCCCACUGAUGUUUUGUGCUGUUGCGCUAUUUCUGUUAUGCAUGCCAAUUAUCGCUGCACCGCUAGAAGCUAUGGCAGUUUUAGGCUUCGUGUUGGCAGGUGUACCAGUGUAUUAUUUGACGAAUCCGAAUCGCAAUCAAGCCGGUUUGCCUGCCUUUCUUGGCUUUUUCAGUACUUGCUUUGCUAGAAUUAGAGGCCAGCCGUCCGCGGGCACGGGAUGGGUAGCGGUGGCCACGGAGGGUGACGAGGUCGAGAUGCUUGAUAAUCGGACUUCACGCUUGAGCAGUUGAUGAUGCACGAUCUUGUACAUGACGCCGACCAGCGAUUAUGUGCGCAUGGGUGUUUGCUGGCUACGGACAAAUAUAUAAAUUUCAGCACUGGA